GAGGCGGCGUCUUCGAAGCAGUGGCUGGAGGAAGGCGGGGCUUGCGUUGCCAGAGUAACCGGAUCAUUGGUGGUGGUGUAGUCUUCCUGUGUACAGAAAUCUAUUUCCUGUGCUGAGAUCCAUUUACUAUGCUUGCAGACCCUUAUCGACGUGGUGCUGUCUCAACACUAACUUGGAUCUGAAUCUCCCUGAGUGCUGGAGUCAGUUCUCUCAAGCGGUGGAGUUCUGCCUUGCAUCUCCUACCAGGACCGCUUAGUAAUAGCUGUCUGCUGGCUCAGCGUCUAGUUCAUUUCAUACUUAACAGAUCACUGUGUUUUAGCAGGCACUUGACAGAAUCUAAGAGGCAAUGUAUUCAGUAUUGGAUUCCAAAUAAUCAAUGAUUUUACCCAUUCUGUAGCCUUGUAUUUCUACUUUAAUGAAGGAAGUGUCAGCUGGCGUUGCAUCCUCGGGCAGUAUGAGAGCCUGUCAGCAGGGAAGAAGUUCCAGUUUGGUUUCUCCAUAUAUGGCACCCAAGAAUCAGAGUGAGAGGUUUGCUUUCAUUGCAGAGUGGUACGAUCCAAAUGCUUCACUGCUCCGACGCUACGAGCUUCUCUUUUACCCCACAGACGGAUCUGUUGAAAUGCACGAUGUAAAGAAUCGUCGCACCUUCUUAAAGCGGACCAAGUAUGAGGACCUGCGCCUGGAAGAUCUAUUUAUAGGCAACAAAGUCAAUGUGUUUUCUCGACAGCUGGUGUUGAUUGACUAUGGGGACCAAUACACAGCCCGCCAGCUGGGCAGCAGGAAAGAGAAAACUUUAGCCCUGAUCAAACCAGAUGCAGUGUCAAAGGCCGGAGAAAUCAUUGAGAUGAUAAACAAAAGUGGAUUUACUAUAACCAAACUCCGAAUGAUGACUCUGACAAGGAAAGAAGCAGCGGACUUUCACGUAGACCAUCACUCAAGGCCUUUUUAUAACGAACUGAUCCAGUUCAUCACAAGUGGGCCUGUUAUUGCCAUGGAGAUCUUAAGAGAUGACGCGAUCUGUGAGUGGAAAAGGUUGCUUGGACCCGCAAACUCUGGGCUAUCGCGGACAGAUGCCCCCGGAAGCAUCCGAGCCCUCUUUGGGACAGAUGGUGUGAGAAAUGCAGCUCACGGCCCUGAUACUUUUGCAUCUGCUGCCAGAGAAAUGGAAUUGUUUUUUCCUUCAAGUGGAGGCUGUGGGCCAGCGAACACUGCUAAAUUUACCAAUUGCACCUGUUGCAUCAUUAAGCCUCAUGCUAUCAGUGAAGGAAUGUUGGGAAAGAUUUUAAUAGCUAUUCGGGAUGCAUGCUUUGGAAUGACAGCGAUACAGAUGUUCAAUUUGGAUCGGGCUAAUGUUGAAGAAUUCUAUGAAGUCUAUAAAGGUGUAGUGUCUGAGUAUAAUGAUAUGGUGACAGAGCUGUGCUCCGGCCCUUGCGUAGCAAUAGAGAUCCAACAGAGCAACCCUACAAAGACAUUCCGAGAAUUCUGCGGACCUGCUGAUCCUGAAAUCGCCCGGCACUUACGACCUGAGACCCUCAGGGCAAUUUUUGGUAAAACUAAAGUUCAAAAUGCUGUUCAUUGCACGGAUCUGCCGGAGGAUGGGCUCCUGGAGGUCCAGUAUUUCUUCAAGAUCUUGGAUAAUUAGCCCUCUAGAGUAAAGACGACACAGACUGAGACGCCCAGACAAGCGAGUCACACACGUGAGGAAUGUGUUCAUUCUUUUAUUGUCCGUUGUGUUAACCUGACUGACACAAGAUCAACAAGAGCACUGUACUCCUGGCAAUUAUUACAUAUGCUAGAACAUGGAUUUGCACUGUAGACAACACUUAACACCAGUCUAUGGGGUACUGCAUUGCUUUUUAUAAAGUUCAAAAUAAAGAUUUUUAUUUUCAAACAAG